UGAAAGAUCAGUGCACCCCCGUGGCAUGUAUGGUGAAACGAAGUGAGCCAGUCGCCACAUGCCAGUGAUUUUAGUUCAAAAAAGACAUCCAUACAAGCGCCAAGAAAUAUGCUGCAACUUGUCAAUAUGUCGUUUUGUACGGACCGUCUGUGGGAUCCGGAUAUCACGUGGAACACUAAUGAUCCAGAUUUGACAGAGUGCUUCCGGACCGUGAUCUUGUCCCCUUUACCUACUGCUGUUUUGCUGGUUACACUUCCGUUCUGGUUGAAAAGAUUCUACUUGGCAAGGAAAUCCAUUUCGCUCUACGGCACGCCCACCAAAGUUUUCUGGACAAAAUUAGCACUCAUGAUGAUAUUAGGCCUAAACGUGUUUAGUGAAUUUGGAAAGCAUGUCGUCACGGAUGCCAAUUUGUUUCAUUCUGACUUUCUGAGAAUGGUCAUUUUGGAGUUAGGUCUGCUACUUAUUGGUGGGUUGACUUUGAUUAGUCAAAGAUACCAUCUGCAAACAUCCGGAAAUCUUUGGAUGUUUUGGUUCCUUAGCCUUGUGUGUGAACUGCCAACCUUCAAAUAUGAAGUGGAUUAUCUAGUGAUCAAUUUCCAGCCGUUUCGAGCUAUAUUAGUGGCAACAUUUCUACCCUUAAUUUUUGUGCAAGUUGUGUUAUACAGCUUAACCGAAACUCAAGUGGUGGGCUGCCCACAAAACCGGGCUUCAUUUAUAUCCUACUUAACCUUAAGUUGGCUCAAUGAUUUAAUUCGCCAAGGCUUCCGAGCUCCUUUGACACAAGAACAAUUGCCCAAAGUUGAUCCAGGAUUGGAUUCUAGUUUAAAUGAACUAGAUUUCCUGAAUAACUGGAACAAAGAAUUUGCCCGAAAUGGACAAGUAAAUAUCUGGCGUGUCUUGUUUCGUACUCAUUGGAAAGCUCUAGCACUUGCAAUGUUCUUGUAUCUGAUUCAUCACGGUCUGCACUUUGUCAAUCCCUUGAUGCUCAAGCUCAUCUUAAAUCACUUACAAACUCCGGACGAAGAAACGUGGAAAGGAGUCCUCUUUGCCUCGGUUACCUUUAUCACAAGCAUUCUCUUCACCAUCUUAUUCAAUAUUCCAAAUCAACUGAUGACUGGCUUAGCGGUAAAACUACGCAAUGGCUUGGUGACAGCAAUCUACAAAAAGUCUCUUAGGCUGUCGAAUGAGGCCAGGCAAGAAUUUUCAUCGGGCGAGAUCAUCAAUUUCUCCUCUGUGGAUAGUCAACUCAUCCUGGAAUGUGUUCCCUACGUUGAGCAUCUCAUCGCUGAUCCAUUGCUCGUCAUUGUCACGAUGACAUUUCUCUACUUAGAAUUGGGUCCCGCUGCUUUGGCAGGAGUGGUGUUCUUGUUCCUUUUAGUUCCGUUCAAUACCUACGGCAAUAGAAAAAUUGAGAAGUGUCAAGAUAUUUUACUGAAGAACAAGGACGAGAGAAUGAAAAUCACCUCCGAGACCUUAAAUGGAAUUCAGCUGAUAAAGAUGUAUUGCUGGGAAAUCCCAUUUAUGAACAAGAUCAAGGGAUAUCGAAACAUUGAGGUGGACACCUUGCAGAGCACAGCCAAACUCUAUGCACUGUCCAAUUGCACAUUCAGUAGCAGCCCAGUGUUUGCAUCACUCUUAAUUUUUGUCCUAUACGUGGCUUUAGAUCCUGCCAACCACGUUCUCAACCCUGAAAAGAUAUUCGUAUCAAUAUCCUUGCUUAGCAUUCUCAGAAUUCCUUUGGAAUUGUUCCCAAUUGUUCUUUUUGAUACCAUUCGCAUUGGCGUAUCAAUCCGAAGAAUUGGCAAGUUCCUAAACGCUGAAGAGUUAGAUGAAGAGGCUGUUGGUUAUCAAACAGAGGAUCCUAAAAAUGCGAUUGAGAUCAAAGAUGGCUCUUUUGCGUGGAGCAAAGACGGCGAUUUCUCACUUGAGACGGGGACUGUAUCCAUCCUCAAAGGAUCUUUGGUUGCCAUUGUGGGAAAAGUCGGUUGCGGAAAGAGCUCGUUACUUUCUUGCCUUCUUGGAGACAUGGUAAAGAGGCGUGGAUCAGUCAAUAUUGACGGCCAGAUUGCCUAUAUCCCACAAGACGGCUGGAUUUUGAAUACAACAUUGAAAGAAAACAUUCUUUUCGGAAAGUCAAUGCAAGUCCGAAACUACGAACGGGUCAUUUCUGCUAGCGCUUUGGAGCAGGACUUCAGCAUCAUGGCUCAUGGGGAUCAGACCGAGAUUGGUGAGAAUGGUAUCAACCUAUCCGGGGGACAAAAACAACGGGUUUCCAUUGCGAGAGCCGUUUUCGCGAAUCGCGAUGUGUACCUUUUGGAUGAUCCUUUAUCAGCUGUUGACUCUCAUGUCGGUGAGCACAUAUUUCACAACGUGAUAUCCUCCGGACAUGGGCUGCUGAGAGACAAGACUCGAGUUUUGGUCACAAACCAGAUUCAUUUCUUGGAGAAGAUGGACCAAAUCAUUGUCAUAGACCAAGGGCAAAUCAAAGAGCAAGGUACUUACCAAGAGCUCUUGACCGGUGGGAAGCAAUUUGCCACCCUUAUUCGUGACUUCGGUCAAAGGAAGACCCAUGAAAAGGUCAGACAACGUCAACGAUUACUCUCUCAUAUGUCAAACGGAGGUGGUGAAGACUAUCAAGUUGAAGAUACCAAUGUAAUCCAGGAUGCUGGGAGCAGACUCAUUCGUGAUGAAGAGGCCUUCCAUGGUCAAGUGAGAUGGUCUGUGUACUUGGAUUACAUGCGAAUCAUUGGUCGAUUUCCAUCUACCAUGAUCCUGGUUAUGUUUGUACUUGGUCAAGGUCUACAUGUCAGCAGUACUGCUUGGUUAUCAUAUUGGGCAGACAUGAAUGACGGUUUAAACCAUGCCCCUAUUUUGUUCCUUGGCGUGUACGGGCUCAUCGGCGUAAGCGAACUAUUUGUCUGCUUUGGAAGACAAUACUCCCUCUACCGUGCAUGUGCAAAAGCCUCAAGAGCCUUGCAUCAUAAGCUUCUGUACCAUAUCAUCAGGGCUCCAAUGUCGUUUUUCGACACCACACCGUUGGGAAGAAUUUUGAACCGCUUUUCGUCCGACCUUGACGUUGCAGAUGAGACUCUACCUCAAGAAUUCACCGAUUUCUUGUGGUGCUUCAUGGACAUCUCGUUCACUUUAAUCCUUAUUGCUAUUGCUACUCCGUGGUUCAUUAUUGUUGCUUUGGGGUUAUUCGUUAUGUUUUGCUUAAUCAUUUUGUACUACAUCCGAACCUCUCGCCAACUGAAGCGUUUGGAAUCCAUCAGCAAGUCUCCGAUCUUGAGCCACAUCUCCGAGACUUUGAGAGGCGUGUCCAGUUUGCGAGCCUAUCAUUGUGCGGACCAAUUCGUUAGCAAGUGCCAUGACAAGCUCAAUGAGAAUGUGGCCUGCCAUUACCUCAACGCAUGUUCCGUUUUCUGGCUCGGAGCCCGGACAGAGUUCAUCGGCGCUCUCAUAAUCUUCAGUGUGGCCUUAUUGGUGGUGCUUGAUAGAGGGUCAAUAAGCGCUGGACUUGCGGGAAUGGUCUUGACGUACUCCUUUGAGCUUUUGGAGGCUUUCUCCUGGAUGGUGAACAUGGCUUGCAAUCUAGAAGGUAAUUCAGUGUGCUUAGAACGGAUCAUGGAGUAUUAUCACGUGGAACAAGAGGACCAAUGGACCAAACCCGGAAACAACUCUGAAUGUAGAGGAGCAUUGGAAUUCCAGGGAUAUAGCACUCGCUAUCGGCCAGGUCUGGAUCUGUGUCUGCAACGUGUUAGUCUCAAGAUUCAGCCCCAAGAGAAACUUGGAAUCUGUGGUCGCACAGGUGCGGGUAAAUCAAGUUUCACCAAAGCUCUCUUUCGAAUUGUCGAGCCCGUUGAAGGCAAGAUACUCUUGGAUGGCAUUGAUAUCACCGAAAAAGGUCUCCAUGAUCUUCGAGGCCAAAUCACGAUUAUUCCUCAAGAUCCCAUUUUAUUUUCGGGAUCAUUGAGGUUCAACCUCGAUCCCUUGGAGCAACAUUCGGAUCAAGAGCUGUGGAGUGCAUUGGAGCAUUCUCACUUGAUUGAAUACGUCAACACUCUUAGAGAUGGACUGGAGCAUCAAGUGCAUGAAAAUGGGGACAAUUUCUCAGUGGGCCAACGGCAACUAGUAUGUUUGGCUCGUGCUUUGUUACGUAAUACCAAGAUCUUGAUCUUAGACGAGGCCACCGCCUCUGUGGACUUGGAAACGGACGCUCUGAUACAGAGGACCAUUCGAGAAAAACUGAACCAAAGCACCAUUGUGACAAUCGCCCAUCGAAUCAAUACGAUCUUGGACUCGGACCGGAUUCUGGUUUUAUCGGACGGAUCUGUGGCAGAAUUAGAUAGCCCUCAUUCCUUAAGUAAUCGGGCUGAUUCUGUUUUCAAAUCCAUGCUAAAUGCCGCUAACCAAUCGUGAUUUCAAUUCUGAUGUAUUAUUAGUGCAGGAAGAUGUUGUUAGUCCUAUCGUUAAAUGUAUAGCAUAUUAAAUAAAUGCUUCGGUGUAUCAA